AUGUGGAACGAUGAGGACAAUAACCCUUACGGGGCGUUUGACCAACAUGAGUCCCACCUUUCCGACUCGUUACAUUCAGCCGCCCUAUCUCCGCCUACCUAUGAACCCGAUUCCACUCCACCUUCCAGUCGUGACUCCAAUGGAGACCCACCAGACUUCAUCUCCCACCCGGAAGAUUUGAGUGAUCCCGAAGAAGCCGACUACGGCGCCGCCAGCCAACAGUACCCCCGGAAGAGUACAUAUGACAGCCGCAUUGAGCAAAUUCUCUAUGAGAAUCCCGAGAUGCCGAUUCUUAUUACCGACGCUGGCAAGAAUCACGAGGGAGGUGGGAGCUUCAUCGUCUAUACCAUACGGACCGCGGAUCUGGAAGUUCGUCGUCGGUAUUCGGAGUUUGCAUCAUUGCGCCAGACCUUAGUCAACCUCCAUCCAACACUCAUCGUGCCUCCAAUCCCCGAGAAACACAGUAUGGCCGAUUACGCUGCGAAGCCAACCAAGGCCAAGGAGGACACCGCAAUCAUUGAACUACGAAAGCGCAUGCUUGCCGUCUUCUUGAACCGUUGUCGCCGCAUGAAGGAGAUCCGUGAGGACGGCGUCUGGUGGCGCUUUUUGGACCCCAACGUCAGCUGGAAUGAGGUGUUGCACUCUCACCCGGCGUCGUCUGUUCCCAAGAAUAAUCUCAAGGCCCCCCCACUCGAUCCUGCCAAUCCCACGCAGGCCCACGGCUGGCUUCCCGUGCCGUCUUCUUCGGCCAAGCUGAAGCACGGAGGGUCUUCCGCCAGCGGAGGUGCCUCGACGUCGCCUGGCGAUGGUGCGGAAGCAACCGUGCCCAACCCUGGCACUGACGUGCUUGGCCGAUUCCCUCCAGAGUCACGGAAGCUUAGCGAGCAGGAGUUAGACCCAUACUUCAUCAAUUUCGAGGCCUCGACGCGCGAACUGGAACUUCUCCUCCAGGGGAACAUUGAACGCGUGAAUCGACGGACCCUUUCGCAUCUAUCUUCUCUUUCGGCAGAUUUGAUGGAACUGGGUGCUCGCUACAAUGGCUUCUCCCUCUCUGAACAGUCGCCCACGGUGGCGGCGGCCAUUGAAAGGAUCGGCCAGGCUGCCGACACCUCCUAUAUCGAGACCGAAGAACUAUCGACCGCCCUCAGCGCAAGCUUUGCCGAGCCAAUGCGGGAAAGUGCCCAGUUCGCAAGCGUGGUGCGCAGUGUGUUGCGAUACCGGGUCCUGAAACGAGUACAGGAAGACAUGACAAGAGACGAACUGGCCAAAAAGAAGACCCUGCUGGACUCUCUCGAGCGUAGUGAGCUUGAAGCCAAACGAAUCGAGCAGUAUUUGAAUCGCACGUCUCAGCAGCCUAGUGGUCCCCGGCCACAACGUUCUCUAUCCACAUCUUCCGCCCGCAGUAGCGAAGGUGGUGCCAUGUCUGAGGCUUCCAACGAGUCCGAGUUCCCACCCACGCAUGGAGAGUCCCUUGACGGUACUUCGCCGCCUUCUCAGGGCGCCGCCCAUAGGCGCCCAGAACCUACACCGUCGACACCCAGUCACCGCAAAACUUCCAGUGGUAACUUUGUAACGAAUAAGAUCUUUGGUCGCAUUAGCCACGCGAUUCAUGGCUUUGCUGAUGUCGAUCCUGAACGAACCCGCCGGGAUCAGAUCGGAAAGACGAAAGAAAGCCUCAUCCAGCUUGAGCAAGCGCUGGAGGUCUCUGAGAAAGACGUCAAGGAUGCCAGUUCUGGCGUAAUGCAAGACUUGCAACGUUUUCAGAAGGACAAAGAGGCUGAUCUUCGGCGGUACAUGGUUGCAUACGCCAGGUGCCAUUUGGACUGGGCACGUAAGAACCUGGAGACUUGGACCGAGGCAAAAGAUGAAGUGGAGAAAAUUGUCGCCCGCUAG